GCACAGAAGCCCCGGCGCCGAGUUCGAGUCCCACCUUCGUGGAGAUGGCGCUGCCCGGAGCCCUCCGAGUCGUGAGCCACGAAGGGCAGCGGUUCCUGUGCUUUUGCGACGGCGGCAGCAGCAGCAGCAGCAGCAGCAGCUUCCCGCGACUCUAUGUCACUAAUGCGUCUGAGUUCUGGAGCUGUGAAGUCACUUCGGAGAAGCUGGACGGAUGCUUGUCUCUGAAUGAGUCGGCUUCCCCUGAUGACUGCAACUCUAAACUCAGGGAGUUCCUGGGGUGCCAGACGCCUGUCCUGAGUGUUUGUGACAGCAGGGCCACCUUGGAGUUCCAAGAUGGCAGGCAGAGCGUGACCUUUGACCUUCACAAAGUGCCUCUCUCCGAAGCCAGGAUGCGACUCCAGGACCUGACGUUUGGCUUGGUGGCACAGGUGCAUCAGCUGGAGAAACGCCUGGAAGAGAGCGCCACUGCUGCGUUGCCUCUUGGCAGCCCGGAGAAGAGCCCCUUUCGGAGCCAGAGUCUCUUUGCCUCAGGAAUAAGUCCCUCAAAGUACAGGGGCGGAGGCGGCGCUGGCCAAGCGGCCACCAAGAAAAGGCUACCUGGGGAAUCGCUCAUUAACCCUGGAUUCAAAAGUAAGAAGACGCCGACGGGGGUAGAUUUUGAAGAUGUCUGAAUACAUCCGACAUUUUCCAAAGCAAGCGGCAAAGAGGAUACUUUAACAAACUCUUUUGAAGUGAGUGUUUUAAAGGUUUUAAUACAAAACCACGGAUGGUUUCGAAGGAGUAGGAGAGAGAGAGGGAGGGAGGGAGGGAGGGAGGCCUCCUCUGCCCGUGUCCACAAAGAUGAGCAAGUGGAGGAGGAGGACGCCGCCACGGGACGGCUUUUCCUUUGCACCCUCGCAGAGGAGUUUCUGCGCUCCAUGCCUCUCGCAGACCAUGCUGGAAUUCUGUUUAUCAUCCCUUUUAAGGAAAUACGUCUGUAACAAUAAAAUGUUGGUUUUCUCUGCCCUUUCA